GUGGUCUGAGAGCCGCCGGCGCGUUGUUGAGCGCUCACUAUUUGCUCAGGGAAGCGGCGGCACCGAAUACAAGUUGGAGUGUGUAAUACUAAGGCAGCUUUCCUUUUGGAGAUAUUAAUAGCCCACGGUACAGAGCGGAGAUCUGAUCCCUUCUGCUUUUCGCUAGUCCCCUCCCACACCGACAGUCCAUUCAAUCUCCUUCUCUGCUCCAGCCGCUGCUCUCCGUCUCACAGGUCCGCUGGGAGGAGGAUCUUUCGUCUGUCCCGGUCAUGGCGGUGCUGGAUCUGGCCCUGCAGGGACUCGCCAUCUUCGGCUGUGUCUUGUUCUUCGUCCUGUGGUUCAUGCAUUUCUUGUCCAUCGUCUACACAAGGCUACACCUGAACAAGAAGGUAUCUGACAAGCAGCCAUACAGCAAACUACCUGGUGUUUCACUUCUUAAACCACUGAAAGGAGUCGACCCCAACCUUAUCAAUAAUUUGGAGACAUUCUUUGAAUUGGACUAUCCAAAAUUUGAAAUCCUCCUUUGUGUGCAAGAUCUUGAUGAUCCAGCAGUGGAUGUAUGUAAAAAGCUGCUUGGCAAAUAUCCCAGUGUAGAUGCCAAAUUAUUUAUAGGUGGUAAAAAAGUUGGGAUUAACCCAAAGAUAAACAACCUGAUGCCAGGAUACGAAGUGGCCAAAUAUGAUCUCAUAUGGAUUUGUGAUAGUGGAAUAAAAGUGAAACCAGACACAUUAACAGAUAUGGCCAAUCAGAUGACAGAAAAAGUUGGCUUGGUUCAUGGACUUCCAUAUGUGGCUGAUCGGCAAGGAUUUGCUGCUACUUUGGAACAGGUUUACUUUGGGACAUCCCACCCACGGUCUUACAUCUCUGCCAAUGUAACAGGUUUCAAGUGUGUAACAGGAAUGUCUUGUUUAAUGAGAAAAGAAGUUUUGGACCAAGCCGGGGGAUUAAUCGCUUUUGCACAGUAUAUAGCUGAAGAUUAUUUUAUGGCUAAAGCAAUAGCUGACCGUGGUUGGAAAUUCUCUAUGGCAACACAAGUUGCGAUGCAGAACUCCGGGUGUUACUCUAUAUCCCAGUUUCAAUCCCGAAUGAUUAGAUGGGCGAAGCUACGGAUUAACAUGCUGCCUGCAACAAUCAUCUGUGAGCCCAUCUCUGAAUGCUUUGUUGCCAGUUUGAUUAUUGGUUGGGCAGCACAUCACAUCUUCCGAUGGGACAUUAUGGUGUUUUUUAUGUGUCAUUGCUUGGCUUGGUUCAUUUUUGACUACAUUCAACUUAGAGGAGUUCAGGGAGGUCCUCUUAACUUUUCCAAACUGGACUAUGCGGUUGCCUGGUUCAUCCGGGAAUCCAUGACAAUAUAUAUCUUUCUGUCUGCCCUGUGGGAUCCCACCAUCAGCUGGAGGACAGGCCGCUACCGAUUACGCUGUGGUGGCACAGCAGAAGAAAUCUUAGAUGUAUAGCUAUAGACCUGUGGACUGUACAUAACAAAACAAAGGAAAAACAUAAAAUUAAAAAAAAAAGUAUUAUAAAUUAUGUUUAUACAAAUGCUUUUAAAGAGAAGAAACUACCUUUUGAAUAGUUUUAUUACAUGUAUGUUUUGCUAUCUGAUCUUUAUUUAUUUUGCAUGGCACUUGCAUCUGUGAAGAAAAAGUUUUUUUGUAAUCUGGGCCAAAAUGGACAGUACAUUAUUUUUUUAUUUUUUUUUGUGCGCGUGUUAAAUGGGAGCGAACUUUAAGUCAUUAUAUAUACUUUGCAUUAAACAUCAUAGGAAGUCAAUAGAAAUGCUGACUUCCCACCCAGAGAAAAAGAUAAUGAGACCCAAGUUUUUUUUUGUAUUUUUUUUAACUGUUCCCAGACUUCAGCUUUUAAUGCGUUCAAACAACUGACCUGACUGUGAAUACUCAGUGUUACAGUUCAGUCAGCAGUUAGAAUAACAGUAUUUGGCUAUCCCUGUUAUAAAGGCUUGCUGCAUUUUAUAGUAGGAAGCCUCCUUUCCAGAUAAAUAGUAGAUCACAAUCAUCAUGAAGGACAAUAUUUGUACCUUGAACACCCCUUGGUUGUGAAAAAGUCCUGCAUAUUUAUUUACUACAAACAAAAACUGGAUAUUAUACACCUUAUUUAGCUACCUCGUAAAAUUGCUGCAAAGUAAACAGUUUGACAAAUAUGAAGCAAAAAAAAAAGAAAAACAUUUAUAUGUGUGAUUGUAUAGGUUAAAAGCAGGGAAGUCCAGACUGCAGCCUUCCAGCUGUUGCAGAAUUACUGCUCUCAUAUUCUGUGCCAGUGGUUAUCUGACAACAUUGGGGACUGCAGUUCAUUAACUAUGAAGGCCCCCCUAGUUUUGCUGUCAGUCAUAUGUUUUCCUUCUAGGCGGUAUAGCAAAAAAAACAAACACAAAUGGACUUUGUUGGUUCUGAGGAGUAAGCUAUGCUGGGUGCGACCUUUGUUAACUGGUCUUUUUGGACUCUUCUUGCUGAUCACUGUGCUGUAACUAGCUUUAACCUUUCUUUGUAAGCUUUCCUCCUGGUGAGGUGUUUUUGGUUCAACAGGAAUGCCAUUUGUUCCUUUUUCUUUCAUUGUCUUUUUUUUUUUUUUGUUUUGUUUCUCUUUCUACAUAAAUUUAAACUUUACAUGCCAUUUCACACAAACUAUUUUCUUACUCCACAUCCAAUUGUUCAUAAGAAAGUAAUUUUGUGACACAUGUAUUUAAUAUCUUUUUAAUGCAUGUAUACUAUUCAAAAUGAGAAAAAAAACACAGUAAAUAUUGUAAAUAGUAUAUAUAUUUAAAUAUAUAAAGAAGUUUGCGUUUGAUAAAAAAAAAAAUGGAAGGAGCUGUAUACAGUCUUAAUUUAUUAGCUAUCAAAAAAAAGUCUACUGGUGGGUUACUCUACACCGUGUUUAUCUAGUUGUAUUUAAUUCUCUUUUUUUCUAAAUUCAUACAGUAAGAGCAAGAUGUAAAUGCAUGCUGUACAUUUUUCCCAUUUUGCAACAGUAAAGAUUUUGUAAUUUUUUUUUUUAUUAUUACUAUUUUCUCUUGAAGAUGUGGUGAGCUGGAGUAAUAUUGUUGAUGUGCACAUACUGUAAAGAAACAGGCAGGAAAUGCAGAAGCCUUGAAUAUGUAUAUAGGUCUGCGUAUCUUUCCCUGCUCUUGUAUUGCUGUGCUGGCUAGCCUUGAUGACAUAGUCAUGCUUGCUUGAACAUUUCAUGACAUGUUAGCAUCUGAUCUUUAAACUGUUGCUGAGCUACAACUCUCUGCCUCCCAGGGAUACCCAUUGUCUCCUGGGAUUUGCCGUUUAGUUGUACAACUGUCAGUUAGAGAUCGCUGUCAUGCCAGAGAACGUCAUCCGUGUUAUAAGCAAUAAUUACCUUUUAUAUUGUCUGGGCAAUUACUUUAACCUUUACUGAGCCAAUAUAUGUAAUUGCCCUCCUUAUACUAGUCUCUGGCCAAAGCAAAAGGAUUGUAGCUAGCUUCAUAUAUUGCCUUAUGACAUCAUAUUUUUUGUUUGAAGGGCAUUUAUAUUGUGCAGGGGUGGGCAAGGCUUUGAUUGCAUGUUUUGCAUUCUUUACGUGAAUCAGGGAAACGCUUCCUUGAGGAAAUGGCACAUAGCAAGCCAGUCUAGUUGUGAUCCACAUAAGCUCUCCAUAAAGCGCAUCUGACGUUUGUAUAGUUUUUUUUGUUUUGUGUUAAAUGAAGUUUGAUUGAUGCCUUCCAUUAUAUGGCAAAGGUGACAGUGGCAUGUACAGUACCUUUGUUAAAGAAUGGACAGUUUACACAGUGUAUAAUCGGAACAAAGGAAAGGCUGGACAGACUUCAGUUUUUAUGUUUUCUGGAUGAUGAUUUGCACUUCUUGUACAAAUGUGUAUCAAAGGAAAAAAUACACACCCUUUUUUAACAUGAGCUCAAUGAAAUGCAUGUUAAAAGGUGUAUAAGCCCUAUCUUUGAUAAUUUAAAUGAGCUAUGUGUUACAGGUGCACAAUUCCCCCCCAGUCCAAAUAUUUAAAGGUUAGCCAUUUCCCUUCCCAACAGCAGGCAUCUUUUAAGUCAUAUGCCCUUUGUGCCCACUCUUCCCCCAUUUGUGUUGCCCUCCCCACAAUGGCCCUGCCUCUAUUGACUAUAUUAGCAGAGAGCGCAAUGUCUUUAAGGCAAGGGAUACAAGCAGCCAAGCAACUUCUGACGCAGGAAUGACCUGCAAAUACCAUAAUUCAUAGAGGGCAUGAGAGUUUUGGGGGGCUUGAACCCUUCUGCUUGCAUCCUUGGGUGGGAAAUUGGAGUCAGAGGCAAACCCUUUCCCUGUAUACAAGGAUUGCUGUCAUGAGAGGAACUGAAUAUCUGUAACAAAUAAAUACUUAAUCAUAUAAUUUAUUACAGAGGGGGCUUUUACACCCUUUCAACAUACAUUCAAUUGACUGCUUUUCUCAAAAAGGGUAUAUAUUUCACCUUUAAAAAAAGGUUACGCUUCCCUGAAGCGCAUGGCUGACUUACAUCAAUUGUUUCCUUGGAAAUGUUGGUUUCAGUAUUCUAGAGGGCAUACAAAGUAGAAUAUUUGAAUUCCAAAUACUGUUUAUUUAAAGUGGUCUUAAAUUACAUGCAAAAGAGAAAAUGUCUAGGAUAUUCAAUGUUUAUUUAAAAUCAUUGUCUUUGAGUUUAUUGUUCUAAAAAAAAGAAAAACAAAUAAAUUUUGAUGACUGUCAAAAUGA